AUCAAUCUCACAGCGAUGGUGCUGGGAUGAGUUCUAGCCCAGACAGGAGAUUUAAACUCUGCAGCUUUCACUUUAAAACAAAAACCACGUCUCCUAUGAAUCACCCGGGCUAGUUUGGAGAUGCUGACCUGAUCCUGGUGAAGAUCGAGUCCCAGAACACACCAGCCGGAUGUUUGGAGCACAAUGGGAAGUGAUCCUGCGGAAUGGACCAGGUUCAGGCUGAUCUCAUGAACAAGCUUCAUGGCUGCUGCUGCUGGAUUUUCUGGAAUUUUACCAGCCAUCGGAUCACUUGAUAAACAAUUCGAGGAUUGUCUUUGUUUUUUUUUUUAUUUUGGAAUGAUGUUGCAAGUUUUCUUAAAAGCUGUCCUCAUUCGUAUCUAUCUAUGUAUUGAUUGAUUCGAGGCUACAUCAGUUAGCUAGAAGAGAUUAUCCAGGGCCUGCCAGGGAUUUAUCCAAGACGUAGCCGAGAGACGAGCGCUGUGUUCCGGCGUCGCUUUCACGCAACAUCGGGGAUUCAGUCCGGCCUGCAGUUCUAGACGCAGAUUGCUAGGAUAUCUCGCUUCGGGAUUCAAUUUUUUUUUUUUUUUUAAAUUAAUCUUAACUGUUAUUGCAUCUAAGACAAUUUUUGCAUGGAAAAAAAAGACAAUUUAUUAUUUUUAUUUACUUUCAGUUAUUAUUCAACCCUGUUUGGAGCUAACUAGCUAACACUACUUGCAAAUUGCUGGCUUGUUUUGCAGCCAAAAACGUAACUACAUUGUUUGUUUUUGUUCCUAGAAACGUAAAUAAUUUGUGUCAGGUUGUUUAAUGGGUGCACUUUAGAAAUUACUGUGUUAAAAUUGCUCUUUAUUUUUCCCUCAGUCACCUUGUUUUUGUUUGUGUUUGUUUACAACGUUGUCAUUAGUCAGCCGAGGCUGCAGAGGAAGGGAAGAGAAGAGCAGAGUUCAUUGACAUGAAGAAGGAUAUAUAUUUUAUUUUUACUAUGAAACACAAUCUUUAGCUACUGAUUUAAAGAUGCACUAAAGGUUAAACUUUACUUUAAAGCAAAAAUAAAAGUCUCAACUGUGAUUUAAUAGCACCCACAGGCUGUGUGAGUCACUAAAGUGUUUCUAAAUUAAAGAUAACUCUCUCUAAAUUAAGACUGAAACUUCAUGCUGCUGGUAUUUAUGGCCCUGUGAUCAUCUAAUCAACCUGACUAAAGUCAAAGCAGGAAGGAAAUGUUAAAUCUGCCCAGUACGUUUAGUCAUUACCCCAAAUCGAAAGUUUUAAAGUGACUGGACAUCUCCAACUUCCCAACUUUGGACCAUCACCGAGCUUCCUAAAUGAGAAGAUGCACAUCGCCGUGGUCUGAAGAUAGAAAUAAACUCGAACGUAAAGCAAGAAACGUGACGCGGUUUGGAUUGCGAAUGAAUCCGGUGCGAGGAAGAAGCUGAGACGGAGAUGACCACGCGCUGAGCACGGCUUCACAACACGCGAGUGGUUGAGCUUCAGGAGCUGCGCAGACAUGAGUGUCCGACCUCCAACCUCGACUCUGGACAGGUUGAGCAGCUUGACGCUGGGAGACUCGAAGUCUUCUUACAGCCAGCAGAGAGACUCUCUUGCUGAGUUCCCUUCUGACGGUGCAGCUGCAGGUCUAGUGCAGAGAUGUGUGGUCGUACAGAAGGACAGUCUGGGCUUCGGCUUCACUGUGUGCGGAGAGAGGAUUAAACUGGUGCAGAACGUUCGUCCAGGUGGAGCAGCAGUAAAGGCCGGAGUGCAGGAAGGAGACCGGAUCAUUAAGGUCAACGGCUCCUUAGUGUCAUCCAUGUCUCAUCAAGAAGUAGUGAAGAUGAUUAAAUCCGGAACGUACGUGGCGUUGACACUCCAGGGCCCACCUCCUUCAGUUGCCUCUGUCCCUCUUCAGCCCCUCUCGUCCGACCUCUCAGCCAAUCACAGGACGCAGCCAGGAGAUGAACCCACGCCCCCUCCACCCCCUCCCCUGCCCGCUUCAGGAUUCAGCACGCCAUCACAGAGAAUCACCGGCCCCAAACCACUACAGGACCCAGAAGUCCAGAAACACGCCACACAGAUCUUGAGAAAGAUGCUGGAACAGGAAGAGGCUGAACUACAGGACCUGCUGGAGGAACAGUCUCGCAACCCGUCGUCUUCCCUGGGAGAGAGAAUCGAAAGCGCCAGAAGGCGCGCCAAUCAAGUCCGAGUGAAAAUGCAGAAAGAUUUGGAUGGAACACGCUCAGAAACGCCAAGCAACUACAUGACUGCUGGAGAAGGUCGAAUGUCUGUAGAUACGGGUGAAGGGGAAUAUGACACAUGCGAGAGCCCUUUCUCCUCUCCGUCCUCAUCAUUCAGGACUCCUCAACACCGCAGACACGGCUCCGGCACGCUUGAAUCAACAGGGAAAGCUCAUAUCAUUGGUCCAGAGGAAGAAGACGAAGAUUAUGAUGGCUAUAUGUUGAAUGAAACGGACGGCCCGUUUCAGGACAUCGAGCUGCUGAAGACUCGUCCCGCUCACAUGACUGUGUUUAUGAGAUACAUCUUCAGUCAGCUGCUGGAUCCAAACCCACUGCUCUUCUAUCUCUCUGUGGAGGCUUACCUGGGUUCGAGUCCUAAAGAUGCACGUGCCAUUGCGCCCCAGAUCUGCUCUCACUUCCUGGACCCUGAUGCUCCUCUGAAGAUUAAAGUCAGAGAUGAGUAUCUGACUGAUAUCGAGAGUCGUCUUCAUGCUCAGGAGGACAUCAGAGGGCCGCUGUCCGAGCUUCAGCUGCAGGUGCUUCCAGAAAUCCAGGACCAAAUACAGGACUACAGGAAUAAGCAGCUGAUGGGGCUCGGCUCCUUGUUCGGAGAGAGUGAUCUUCAGCAGUUAGAUGGAGACCCGGCGAAAGAGAGACAGGUGGUGGACCGGCAGAUCACGGCACUGUGGGAACUACUAUCAAAGCACGAAGAGGAGAGAAGUUCCCCGUUAGCCUCAGCGAUCACGCUUUACCUGCGCCAUGCUGGGAUUAAGCUGAGGGACUCCAAACUUUUCCCGGGACUCAGCACAGAGAAGGAGAAGUGGCUCGCGUUCUUCCCCAAGACCAAGAGGCAGCUGAGCAGCACAAAGAGAGAGAAAGAUGGAGAGGAUAAGAAGAGGAAUCCGAUCCUGAAGUACAUCGGCAAACCCAGGAGCACAUCCCAAUCCACGUUCCAUGUCCAGUUAUCCCCGACAGAAGUGCGUGCGGGUAACGUGCGGAACAUUAUCCAGCAGUUUGAGAACCAUACAGACUGUGAGGAGGGAGAGAACGGAGGGCAGAGACUCUCCACUGGCAGCCUCGGGGACGAGAGCAUGGACAGUCCUACAGUGUCUGUGCGUUUGGCUCGCAGUGAGUCCUUGAAGGCUCAGGGUGAGGGCCGUCGUCGUGGAGGUGGAACAGGGGUGGAGACUGUUCCUCGUUCCCGCAGCGAUGUUGACAUGGAAGACUGCGAUGAAAGGGAAGGGCCAGGACUGCGCCCGUUACAUCACAGCGCUUCUUCCUCAGCCUCCAGCAGCUCGGCAAGGUCUCUCGAGAACCCCACACCACCGUACACCCCUCGCUCCAGACGCAGGAGUGUGGACACGCCGUUGGCGUUGUUACCGGAUGCUCCUCCUCUGGAAGAUGAUGUCACUGACUCGCAGAACUGGCAGGAGACGGUGGAACCGCACAUACUCCAGUCCCUCAGCCCGCGGGAGAUCGACCGUCAGGCUGUCAUAUACGAGUUAUUCAUGACUGAGGUGUCUCAUUUGCGGACGCUAAGGGUUCUGGAUCAGGUGUUCUUCCAGAAAAUGCGAAACCUUCUGACCUCAGAUGAGCUUUCCUGUAUCUUCCCCAACCUGCCUCAGGUCUAUGAGCUGCAUGCGAGUCUCUGUGAAUCUAUGAGGAAGCUGAGAGACUCUCCUAUAGUCCAAGGCAUCGGAGACAUCAUGCUUGCUAGAUUUGAAGAUGCAGCAGGAGAGGAGUUUCAGGAGCAGGUGUCUCACCUCUGCAGUCAGCAGAGUCAGGCACUGGAGCUCAUCAAGAACAAGCAGCGUAAAGACCCUCGCUUCGCUCACCUCAUACAGGAGUGUGAGGCAAGUCCUCACUGUCGCCGGCUACAGCUCAAGGACCUGCUAGUGUCCGAGAUGCAGAGACUCACCAAGUACCCCCUCCUGCUGGAUAACAUCAUCAAACACACAGAAGCUGGUUCUCCAGACCUGCAGCCGCUGAUGAAGGCUCAGGUGUGUUGCCGCGGGAUACUGCAGACCGUCAACGAGGUCGUCAGGGAGACAGAAGACCGGCAACUGCUCAGCCAAUACCAGCGCAGGCUGGACUUGUCACCUCUGGAGAGACAGUCCAAUCCCGUUGCAGCACCGUUCAAGAAUCUGGACUUGACCACAAAGAGAAUGAUUCAUGAAGGUCCUCUAACAUGGAAAGUCAGUAAAGACAAAGCUAUAGAGGUCCAAGCACUGCUGCUCUCGGACCUGUUGGUGCUCCUCCAGAGAGGUCCGGACGACCGGCUGAUCCUGCGCUGUCCGUCUCGCUCGCUGGGCGGAGUCGGGAACACGGACCAUAAAACGUCGUUUUGCCCUGUGGUUCGCCUCAACUCCUCCCUCGUCAGAUCUAACGCUACAGAUAACAAAGCCCUGUAUGUGGUGAGCACGUCUGAGAGACAGAUGUACGAACUGGUGGCUGGAACAUCCUCUGAGAGAAACAUCUGGAAGGACCUGUUAGAAAAGACAAUCGCUUUGGCCUCUGAAGGUGCUGCGGCCACCAAACAAGGAUCACCCGCUCAAUCCACCAUUCGGCGAUUGCAUGGCCAUCAUGUCAAUCAAGACGGGUCGCUGACCGAAGAGACGAGCUCGAUGGACCGAGAUUCACAGAGCGAUGAUGAAAGUGUUCUCCCAUCCAACAGCCCAAAUGACCAAUCGCAAGCCUUCCUCCAUGAUCAUGGACACAAUAACCUGGAACCGCGGCCUGAAGUCUCCGAGGCUGCUCUUCAAGACGUUGAGACGCUCAGACAGUUAAUCUUCAGCGAGCUCGAAGAUGGGUGGAGCCAAGAUUCAGAGGACACGCCCACCAACGAAACAGCCAACGAAAGAAGCCAGUUCACAGAUCGGCCAGGAUCAGAGGCGUCUGAGCCGAGCUUUAGUGAAACCCCUAGUCAAUCGGUGCAAGAUCACGUCGAUGCUCCGCCCAUGGAGGCAGACCAACUGACUUUUCAAGUCAUGAGGAAAGCUGUGGGUGUGGGCUCUUCUUCUAUUCCUGAUGACAUCCCUGAUGUCACCUCCAUCCAAUCUUCCGAAUCAAAAGGGAACAUGUUCUACCUGGUGAUGCCCAAAGACCAGAUUGGAGCUCUUACGGAUGAGAGCAGCACAGACGAGGUGAGGGCUCCAAGUCCUACAGAGGCGCCAGCAGCCAUAUCAUUGUCUUCACAGAAGGAAGAUGAAGAGCAGGAAAACCCACACCGGUCACAUCCAGAGGUGUCGAGUCACGAGAUGGGGCUCAGCCAAUCACGGCCCGGCACACAGCGUCUUGAGAUAAAGAACAUGGAUGAGAUUUUCCAAACUAUGGACGAGCUGAUGAAGAAGCUCCAUCGGCUCAGGGAGAUUGAAGCCGACCAUUACAGACUUGUAAAGACCGCAAAGAAGAAAUCUCCUGUCAGGCAAAAUUCAGGUGACGUCAUCCACACGUCUGAUCCUGUUGUCAGGAUGUCCUCCAUGGACAGAGGGACAGGAGAUGGGAAAGAAGGAGAUGCCACAGAAGUUGCUCAGCCCGUGAUACAGUCCACAGGAUUCUGACACACACACACACAAUGUGCUGAAGGAUUUAAAAAAAAAAACACUCUCGCGUGCGCGCACAAAAAAAAAACCACACUAAGGGACUGGCAUUUCUGUCACCUUUCACAUCCUAUGUAGCUCCUUCCUCCAAUCCCAGCAUGCUUUGCUCCUGAGAGAAGCCAGGAAUACUGUGUAUGUUGUUCGUGUCCUCUGUCUUCAGGAAGUGAAGGAAAGCGAGAGAGAGAGAGAGAGAGAGAGGACAGAAGAAACUUCAGCACAUGAAAGCUGGAAAGCAAGAAGCCAUGAAGGAAAGAAAAAAGUUCAGGAGGAGCGUUCUGAAAAGUGAAACGUCAAAGGUUUAAUGGUGUGAGAUGAUAAAAGAAGGGAAAGGGAGGUUGAUCUGAUGGGAUCAUUAAUGAAGGUUAACGAAGGAAGGUGAGCUUGAACAGGAUUGGCUGAGGAAAUGACUCUGCUCUCUGAAGGAAGCCCCGGCACUUUACCUGCUCUGUGUGUGUGUGUGUGUGUGUGUGUGUGUGUGUAACCUGUACUCGCAUUCAGCGUUCACCUCAUCCAUCAGAAAAGGGCAAAUCGUCUCGGUAAAGGGGUUUAAUUUCCCAUAAUGCACCUGUGGCUGUGUUCCACCACUGUGUGUGUGGAUGGAAGAGGUUAACAAAAAAAAAACACACUCUCUUCAGGUUGUUUUGCACUGUGGUCCUGAGUAAGGAUGUUGCGUUACUAUCAUUGUGUACUGUGUUGUAGUGUUUCUUUGCGAAAGUAACACUAUGCCAGAGGAAGUGAUGAAGGACUAGCGAGGAUGUUUUCGGGUUUAAUUUUGUUGCGUUCUGUAUUUAAUCUCUACGCACAAUGUUUAAUGUGGGAGCUCAUCCUUGCAACAGCAUCGGGGGGGGGAGUGUAUGUUUCUUGUCAUUGAGGACAUCGUUUAUACCUUUAGCGUGCGUUUUACUUGGGAAAGUGCACACCUGUAAAAUCUUCCUACGUUAAAGGUAGAACAGUGGUUCUUAAAGCCCAGGUCUGUAUCUGAAAUCAGUUUAAAAGUACACUACAUUCAGCCAUACAGGUCUGCCUGUUAAUGGUGUCCUCUGAAUGAUAAGGGAAGGUACAGUUUGGUAAUUUUUUUUUCUUCUUUCCCCCUUUCCUUUUCCCUGAGAGUGUAUGUAGCACACCCACCACCACCACCACUGCUGUAUUGCUGUAAUGCAGACUGUCACUGCUGAGAGGGAUUUAUUUAUAAAAACAUGUAGCCUAAUAUCAUGUUACCUGUGACUAUCUCAAAUCUGCGUGGUGUAAAUACUGUGAAGUUUGUCCCUCACCUCAGCAAUGAUUACAUGAAGGGAUUCGAUCUAGCCCAUUUCACACUAACCUGAGAUCUGAUUGGUCGAUCUCAAAGUUCAAAAAUGGAUCCGGCCGAUCUGAGAUCAGCAUUAAACCUGAGCUUGUGUCAAGGGAGCAUUGUAAUUUUUGUCUGGUGAGAGAUGUCCCAGGGUUAACAAGUGAAAUUCGGAGGUAGUCCAUACUACAGGGAUGGAGCUGGACCUCAUCCAUGUCCUUCUAGAAGCCAAAUCCCUAGCCCACGAGGUGCUUUAGAACACGAGGACAACACAAACACUAAAGUGAGUUUGGUUUGACUCUGCCUAGGUAGGAGGAGUUGGAUUAGUUAUGACUCCACCCCCUGGAAAUUUAUUUUGAAUCCUCUUUGGUAGAAAGAGCUGGAUUAGGUCCGACUCCACCCCCUGGACUUUUGGUUGAACUCUCACUAUACUCGAGGAGCUGGAUCAGAUCCGACUCCACCCCAUGGGUAUUAAUUUCAAUUCUUCCUACAGUAGAGGAGCUGGAUCAGUUGCAGCUCCACCCCCUGGAGUUUUAUUCCAAGUUUGCCCAAGUAGAAGGAGGUGGAUCAGGUCUGACUCCACCCCUUGGAAAUUUAUUUUGAAUCCUCUUGAGUAGAAAAAGCUGGAUUAGGUCCAGGUCCACCCCAUGGACUUUUGGUUCAACUCCCACUAUACGUGAAGAGCUGGAUUGGAUCAGAUCCGACUCCACCCCAUGGGUGUUCAUUUCAAUUCUGCCUACAUUGGAGAAGCUGGAUCAGUAACAGCUCCACCCCCCUAGAGUUUUAUUUCAAGUCUGGCCAAGUACAAGGAGGUGGAUCAGGUCUGACUCCACUCCCUGGAAAUUUAUUUUGAAUCCUCUUGGGUACAAAGUGUGGGAUCAGGUCCAACUCCACCCCAUGGACUUUUGGUUCAAUUCCCACUAUAUGCAAGGAGCUGGAUUAGAUCCAACUCCACCCCAUGGGUAUUAAUUUCAAUUCUGCCUACAAAGCAGGAGCUGGAUCAGUUACACCUCCACCCCCUGGAGUUUUAUAUUUCAAGUCUGCCGAAGUAGAAAGAGGUGGAUCAGGUCUGACUCCACUCCUUGGAAAUUUAUUUUGAAUCCUCUUGAGUAGAAAAAGCUGGCUUAGGUCUGACUUCACUCCAUGGACUUUUGGUUCAACUCCCACUCUACGUGAAGAGCUGGAUCGGAUCAGAGCCGACUCCACCCCAUGGGUAGUAACUUCAAUUCUGCCAACAUGGGAGGAGCUGGAUCAUUUGCAGCUCCACCCCCUUGAGUUUUAUUCCAAGUCUGCCCAAGUAGUAGGAGGUGGAUCAGGUCUGACUCCACCCCCUGGAAAUUUAUUUUGAAUCUUCUUUGAGUAGAAAGAGUUGGAUUAGGUCCAACUCCACCAAGUGGACUUUUGGUUCUACUUCCACUAUACACAAGGAGCUGGAUUGGAUCAGAUCCAACUCCACCUCAUGGGUAUUAAUUUAAAUUCUGCCUACAUAGGAGGAGCUGGAUCAGUUACAGCUCCACCCCCUGGACUUUUGGUUCAACUCCCACUAUACAUGAAGAGCUGGAUCAGAUCGGAUCCGACUCCACCCCAUGGGUAUUAAUUUCAAUUCUGCCUACAUAGGAGGAGCUGGAUCAUUUAUAGCUCUACUCCCUGGAGUUUUAUUCCAAGUCUGCCCAAGUAGACAGAUGUGGGUCAGGUAUGACUCCACCCCCUGGAAAUUUAUUUUGAAUCCUCUUGGGUAGAAAGAGCUGAAUUAGGUCUGAUUCCAACCCUUGGACUUUUGGUUCAACUCUCACUAUAUGCAAGGAGCUGGUUCAGAUCCGACUCCACCCCAUGGAUAUUCAUUUCAAUUCUGCCAACAUAGGAGGAGCUGGAUGAGUUAUAGCUCCACCCCCUGGAGUUUUAUUUAAAGUCUGCCUAAGUAGAAAGCACUGGAUCAGGUCCAAUUCCACCCCCUGGACUUUUGGUUCAGCUCCCACUGUACACAAGGAGCUGGAUCAGGUCUGAUUCCACCUGCUGGACCUUUUGGUUUGACUUUGCUGCCCAUGCUGAGGUAGCAGGAGCUGGGUCAGGAGAUCAGAUCCAACUCUACCUCUUGAAAUAUUGUUUCUGCAACAAGUGGUGCUUGAAAACUUGUUCCUGGGUCAACCAACCAACUGAAGUCUUGGUCAUAUGACCUCACCACGGCAUUGUGCAUAAUGUCACUGUAAUAAACAAACAGUAUUUAAUGUGAAGUACAACCUUGAUAUGAAGAAAUCUGAAAGUGAUUGGUUGACCAGAUGUAACCGAAACUCUGCCCUUGUUGCCCAAAGACGUCUGUCACUGAGCAAAAUCAGAAGGAACCUGACUUGCCUAACACUAGGUUAAAACUCUGGAGUGUUGAGCCUGUGAAGUCUGACACCGAAAGGGAGAAGGAAGAUGCAUUUUUCCACUGCUGAGGUUUAGCCGUACGAGUGGAUUUAAUCCGUGUGUGUCUCAAACUACUGUGUAACUCAGGUGGAGAAAUGUUGACCCGAUUUCUCUUCUUAGCUUUAACUUAUGCACCAUUUUGUUUUUUGUUGUUUUUUUUUUCCCCAUCAUCUCACCAUUUUUCUACUUUAGUUUCAGUCUUUCCCUCCCCAUCCCUCCUUCUUUCCAUCUCCACAGGUUUUGUUUGUAAAAAUUUGAUGUACAAUGUGGGGGGGGAGUAAACUGCAAGAGCCAGAGCUUGUGGAAACUACUGUGUGCAUUAUUAUUAUUAUUAUUAUUAUUAUUAUCAAUCUUUUUCACUCAUGUAAUAUAGACACACUUGUUUUAUAAAUGUUCUUUUAUGUAAAGCUCUAGUUAUUAUGUUGAUUUUAUUUUUGUAGAUAAAAAAGUGUAAAUUAUUUUCUCCCUGUUGAAAAAUGGCAAGAUUGUUAGCUGCACAGAAGGAAGCUGUAAAAAUGAUCACGACUCAUUUGUUUUGUGAUGUAAAAAAAUAAAUAAAUAAAAUGUGUUGCAGUUAUCAAAAUUACACUGAA